AAAAUACGCCACUCUCUCUCUCUCUCUCUCUCUCUCUCUCUCUAUAAUUCGCCUGAGCAAAGCACCGGAAUUUCUCGUGCUGGUUUCCUGAGGCGGCAAUUAAGAGCUAGUAGCCAUGGCGUUGAUGUCCCAUCCUGGUGCAUCACCGUGCAUUCACACGGAGGCUGUGCAGUGUAAAGCUAGAAAUUAUGGAGUUAAUAGCUUUACAAGCACAAUGGAGUCGGCCAAAACUAAGGAGAUUUUCUUCGGUUUGCGUUCGCCUUCGUGGAGUUCACUGAAGGUGGCCCAAAAAUGGAGUUCAGACAGCACUGAAGUGGGACAGAGGAGAGGGCAUCGGGUAACUGUUGCUGCAAGUCCUCCGACAGAGGAUGCCGUUAUUGCAACAGAGCCGCUUACGAAACAAGAUCUCGUAGAUUAUCUCGCUUCUGGCUGCAAGCCUAAGGACAAAUGGAGGAUAGGUACUGAACAUGAAAAAUUCGGUUUUGAAAUCGAAACGUUACGACCAAUGACAUACGAACAGAUAUCAGAUCUUCUUAAUGGUAUAUCUGAGAGAUUUGAUUGGGAUAAAAUAAUGGAAGGUGAAUAUAUUAUUGGACUCAAGCAGGGAAAGCAAAGCAUAUCUCUAGAGCCUGGGGGCCAAUUUGAGCUUAGUGGGGCACCUCUUGAGACUCUGCAUCAGACUUGUGCUGAAGUCAAUUCUCAUCUUUACCAGGUUAAGGCUGUUGCAGAGGAGAUGGGAAUUGGAUUUUUAGGAAUUGGAUUUCAGCCCAAAUGGAAACGUGAAGAGAUACCGGUGAUGCCCAAGGGAAGAUACGAAAUUAUGAAAAAUUACAUGCCGAAAGUUGGGUCACUUGGACUCGAUAUGAUGUUUAGAACAUGUACUGUUCAGGUGAAUCUUGAUUUCCAUUCUGAAACUGAUAUGAUAAGGAAGUUUCGGGCUGGUCUUGCCUUACAGCCUAUAGCCACGGCACUGUUUGCUAAUUCGCCUUUCACCGAAGGGAAACCAAAUGGUUAUCUUAGCAUGAGAAGCCAAAUCUGGACCGACACUGACAAUAACCGUGCUGGGAUGCUUCCAUUUGUCUUUGAUGACUCUUUUGGGUUCGAAAAGUAUGUGGAAUAUGCGCUUGAUGUUCCAAUGUACUUUGUGUACCGAAAGAAACAGUAUAUUGAUUGUUCUGGAUUGUCCUUCAGGGAUUUCAUGGCAGGGAAACUUCCCGGUCUUCAAGGCGAAUACCCGAAUCUCAAUGACUGGGAGAAUCAUUUGACAACAAUAUUUCCAGAGGUUCGGCUUAAACGGUACUUGGAGAUGCGAGGUGCUGAUGGAGGACCUUGGAGAAGGCUAUGUGCACUACCUGCUUUCUGGGUGGGUAUUUUAUACGACGAGGUCGCUCUGCAAAAUGUUCUAGACUUGACAGCCGAUUGGACGAAAGAAGAAAGACAGAUGCUUAGGAAUAAGGUACCGGUAAGUGGCCUGAAGACACCGUUUCGUGAUGGACUACUUAAGCAUGUUGCCCAAGAAGUUGUGAAUUUCGCAAAGGAUGGCCUCGAGAGGAGAGGCUUCAAGGAAACAGGAUUUCUCAAUGAAGUGACUGAAGUGGUUAAAACAGGUAUAACACCGGCCGAGAAGCUCCUUGAAUUAUACCACGGGAAGUGGGGACAAAGCAUAGAUCCCGUUUUCGAAGAACUGCUCUACUGAAGAGAUAAUAACAGGACAAUUAUGCGAUGUGCCUCCUCCCCUCGGUACUAAGCUUAUGGUAUAAAAUAAUCGGUCGGAAAAUGCUAUCAUACAGACCAUGAUAGUUAAGUCAACAGAUUUUCGAAAUGGUUUGCAAGGUUAUAUUGGUCAUUUUUACUUUGCAAGUGAGAAUAAUAUCUUCAUUAAUCAUUUUGCUAUUACGAGUUCUCGAGUGGGUGUAGUGCUGCUCUGUGUGUGAGUUGUAAUAAUAAUCUGCAUAUGAUUUGUUUCAUAUAAAACAAAUGCAAGUUGAUUUAUUUUUUGAUCUUUUA